CCUGCCGGUAUAUAAAACAAAGCCUCUCCCCGCUCCGGAGCCUGAACCCCAAACCGGACUCCGACCCGCCGGGCACGGAGCGCGAGCACGUUACACAACAAGACGGACAGGCGGACCUGCGCGCGGCGACAGAACUGAAGGUUUUCUGGUGCCGCCACGAAAAGUCUGCAUGUUGUGGAUGAACCUGCCAGAACAGAAGCUUUUCCGCUCAGUAUCUUCUUUGUCGAUAAAUUGAUCGAGCAUUUAUCAUCAUAAUCAGUGAACAACACGUGCCUGGAACAAGAGUUUUUAGAUAAGUCUGAGCCGUUGGGUGCUGAAGUGUCAGCAGCUGCCGGAGGAGGAGGACUUUCCAGACGUUCUGGGGAUUUCAACCAUCAGACCUGCUGGACAGAGUCUGUUUUUCUGUGUUGGAGCCACACCUACAUGACGAAGUAGCUCGAAGAUAAAACCACGGCCUCUUGUGAAGAACAUCUUGACACGCCAAAGAGCUUUGAUCUGGAAGAGACAAAUCAUCUGUUCCUGCUUAAAAGGCCUUGUAAGAUUUGUUCUUCAUAACAGAAGCAUUCUAUAUUCGACAAACUGUAAUUAAGCUAUUUUUGAAGUUGUGCAUUUUUAGACUAAGUGGGACUACCAGAGACGUUUUUGUGACAUUGCAUUGAUCCCUGAAGGAGGGGAAUUUUGUGUGUUUUGCCGGCCCCUUUCCCAUCACGGAGAGGUCAGAGGUCAGAUAAAGACGAGUGCCAAGGGACAUCAGGGCAUCAAACCAAGCGCCGGACACUUCCGGUUACAGGACGGUCCGUCCGUCCACCAGACCGACCUGCUGACCUGCAGCCUCGCUCCCAAUUGAAACCAUGUGGUACCUGAAAAAGUACUUCACGGAGGGCCUCAUCCAGGUGGCCAUCUUGCUCAGCCUGUGCGGGGUGAGGGUCGACGUGGGGCUCGAGCCCUACCUCCCCCCCGCCUGGCACGAGAUGAUCCUGGGUCCGACCUCGGCGCUGACCCAAACGCAGUUCCACAACCUCCGCAACCGGCUGGAGGACGGACAGGGCCUGCACCCCAAGAGCGUGGACCUGGACGGGUUCUUCACGGCCCGCCGGCUGCUGGGAUGGGUCCGCUCGCUGGACAGACUACAGGUACCUAAUGCAGAGCUGGAGACGUGGCUGGUCCAGCGGGAACCCGACCCGCUGCCGGGGGGGCGUCCGGACCAGGCCUCCCCCCUGCAGAGAGCUCCUGCCGGGCUGGACAGGGACCGAGCCGCGCCCCAGAUGCAGCCUGGAGCCGGGAACGGCACCCGGGACGAGGAGGACGAGGAUGUUAAAGAGGACGGGGAGCUGACACAGAGCCUGCAGCCGAUUGGUCGCUCUGACCAGAGCUUUGUCCCGACGGGUCACGCCAACCAGGAAGGAGCACAACAUCUGCUCCGUGACAACGCUGCUCUGGGCGAGGAGGAGGAGGAGGAGGAGGAGGAGGAGGAACUGGCCAGGAUCCACUGGAGCGCCACAGGAAGGAGGCCGGGAGGAGGAAGACGAGGCUCCUACGACUGCAUCAGGGAGCUGACGCAGAAUGAAGCUGACCAGAGCUCCCUCUCGCUGCAGGAGUGUUUGAGGCUGUUGGAGGAAACCUUCCCCUUCACAGAGGAACCACAGCUGUGUGAUGGCGUCCUGCGUGUCGGCAAUGCAGAGGGAAACCCUGAGUGUCGGCCCCCAGGCAGGGAGGCCCUCCUGGCCCCUGUCAUCCCCACAGGCAGUCCCUCUCUGGACCUGGAGCUCCACUGGCAGGACCUGCUGGCGAUCAUGGAGCCCCAGGACAUGGAUGUCGACAGCCCGUCCAUGGUCUCGUUCCCGGUCAGCGGAGACCCUGAUGUCGCCUGGGACUCUAGAACCUCUGGAACCCUUCAGGAUUCUGGCUGUGAAGUUCCACUCCGUCGUCUCAGCAACUGCCACCGUGACGACAGCGUCCCAGUGGCCGAUCAGGAUCUUAGUGUAAUAGAGGCCCCGCUGCAGCACGGUGUUCUGGGGCCGGCCCUGCUUCCCCUCACCCCCAGUGCAGAGUUAGAAAACCACAGCUCAGCCGUUCACGCAGGAGACACAUUGGAAAACUUCAACCUGAAUCCCUCACACAGUCAUCCACACCACAUGGACCUGCUUGCUGAAGAUCCAUCAGACAUCUUCAGCGCUGGACUGGAUACAGAAAGCAAUAUGAAUACCUUCUGCAUGAACUCUCUAACACAAGAUCUUGCAGAUAACAUUAACACCACUCUCACAGGCUCACAGUACAGUCCUUACGCCGAGACCUUUACCAGCUACGAUGCAAACAUCCGUCCAAAUGUCCUUGCAUCCCCCAGCUACAACCCGUCUUUGAAUCUGAAUGAUAUGACUCAUGACUUCUCAGCGAGCACCUCCAGUCUGUUUCUGGUCGAUGAUGAAGACAAAUAUGAGGGUGAAGAGGGUCUCCCAAGUCCGCUUGGCAACCUCUUACAUGACGACGCCAUCUUGGAUGAGAUGAGCUUGUUGGAUCUGGCUCUGGAGGAAGGUUUCAGUCCCGAGAUGGCUGCCAGGCUGGAGGAGGAGGGCUUCCUCCACCGUGAGAUAAACCAGCAGGAAACUGGUAAUUAUGACCCCAACAUGGCUGCGGUACAGGAGCAAGAUGGUGACCGCUCAAGCUCUAGAACGACUGUCAGACAGGAGCAGGUUUACCCACGGAGCCAUCAUGAAGGUGGAAAGGAUGAGGACGACUCAGACUCUGGUCUUUCUCUGGACUUCAGCCACAGCCCUGCUUCUCCCUGCGCCUCUGAGGCCUCCUCUUAUUCUUAUUCUUCCUCCUCCUCUUCUUCGUCUUCCUCUGUCUCAGCUGCGGGGAGUCCCUUCCCAGAUGAGGAGGGAGACGAGGAGGCAGAGGAAGUGGGUUCAGAUAUGGAAUUGGAGGUGACCAUAAAGCAGGAGGAAGAGGAAGAGGAGGAGAUGGGGGCAGCAGGGGGAAGCUACUCCACAGAUGUCAAGAAAUUCCUCUGUGGCGGCUAUCAGGAUCACAGGUUAUUUAACCGCCCUCCUUGGCUGGAGCAUAUUGGUCAUGACCACACAUAUAACCAGCCCUGGUCCUCUACAUCCUCUCCUACCCUGGGAAAGAUGCCCACAAAACAUGCCAAAUCCUCCCCAAGGCACGACAACACCAAGCCCUACCACCGCUCCUCUGCUGAACGCGUCUCCGAGGCCAAAAUGUGGAGCCGGGAUGAGCGCCGGGCGCGCGCCAUGAAGAUUCCCUUCUCCAACGAGCUAAUUAUUAACCUGCCAGUGGAGGAGUUUAACGAACUUCUGGCCAAUCACCGCCUCAACGAUGAGCAGCUCACCCUGGUCAGGGACAUACGACGCCGCGGCAAGAAUAAGAUGGCCGCCCAGAACUGCCGGAAGAGGAAGCUUGACGUCCUGCUGGGAUUGGAGGAGAGUGUGUUGGGGUUGAGGCGUCAUCGUUUGCGGCUGCUCCAGGAAAAACAGGAAGCCCUGAGGGCCUUGAAGGAAAUGAGGCGUAGGCUGGACGGACUGUACCAGGAAGUGUUUUCCAGUCUGAGGGACGAGGAUGGGAGGCCGCUGGAUGCCACAGAGUACACUCUUCAGUUUGGGCCAAACGACCGCGUUAUUGUGGCUUCACGCAGACAAGCAGCAUCGCUGCCACAGACAAAUGGUAGAAACAGCAGGAAACCAAGAGACAAGAAGAAGUGAGGUGGAUAAAACAGAUAUGCACACAUCAGUUUUUAACUGAUCCAUCAGAAGGUCAGCGGAAGUUCUACAAUUUCCAGAAAAGAACCAUGAAAUCCUCAAAAACACCCAAACACGCCAACCCUGAUUUUGUCUGUUUGUCUGAAGAGAAGGGAGUUGGUAGAGGAAUGGAAGGAUAGAGGAAUGGAGAGAGAGGAGAAGCAGCUCUUGGUUUGAGAGAAAAUGCUGAUGAUAAUGGUGAUGGUGAUGAUAAUAAUGCCUUUAAAUCCUGGAGACGAUCUCUUUCCACUCUUCAACAUAAACGUUGUAAACCAGAAGGGCUUGAAUUCAAAUCUGAUUGAACUCAAACACAACCAUCAAUGCUCUGAGGUAAACCCAGACUGCUGCUUAGACGGUGGAGUGAAAACGACUCGGCGGACGACCUGAUGACAUGGGACCAGCACUCGCUUGUUUCAGUGUUUGGAUUGAUGCAAGUCAGUUCAACCUUGCAAGACAAAAACAAGCCAAAAAAAAACAAAAAAAAAACAAAACACUGGUCUCAGCGCCAGUCCUACAACUGUGGGACCUCUGCAUCGUCAUCAGGCUUUCUGAAAGAAGGUCCUCGGUUAUUGUGGAGCUGGUAGACCUUUUGUUCUCUCAUUUGAACAGGAAAGCACAAUUCCUCUCCAAAUAAUUUGUACAAGUCUCCUCAACAGCAUGACUGAAUAUUGCCUCCGAGAGCUCCGUAUUUUGCUCACUAGUCACUCUUCACCUUUACUCUUUGCCUGGGUAAACAGCUUUUUGCAAGGUGGGGGGGAACAGAAAUGGAAACCCUGAAAUUCCCCAAUAAGUAUGGAAUCGACUGAAAGACGGGAGCUUCCUGAAGGCGAAGCUGUUGUGUCGAGCUAACAGGCCGACGGUGGGCUGGUUCCUGCCUGUCAGCCAAACCAUCACAGUGCCAAAAAUGAGACUGAGCUGGCGGUGAACAUUCUGCCAUACUCUUGAUCCAAAAAGGGUGUUACUUUUUGAUCAGUGGGGUCAGAGGUCAUGGUCUACCAUAGAGCAGUGUCCCCUGGAUCAGGUUGGGGCUCAGCAGCUUGCUCAGGGACACUUCAGCAGGAUGGAGACUUUGGGUCGUGGUGGGGAUCAAAACCCGGCUCCUUUAUAGAUGCUUUACAGCGCUGCAACCACGUCACCAUACUGCUGCCAAAAGCUACAGCGUUUCUGGACCUGCAUCAGUAGACCCUGUUCACACUGGCUAGGGAGGGCAUGUGCCACCCUGUGGGCAUUGCUGGAACUGCAUAUGAAAGAUUAAAAUCAAAUAAAAAAAGAAUAACACCAGUAAUUCACCCUAAUGGCACAGGACUAAUAUCCACUGGAGGCAUGAAGGGAUUUGUAAGGAUUGGGUAAUAACAUGUGAUUUUAAUGUUGUAUUUGUGGUCUCCAUGUCUGUAAUAUGUCUGAGAAAAUAACAAUGCGAAACGAUCACAUUUCAGUGAGGACAAAGGUCCGUUGAUAAUACUAAUGCUGUGUGAAUUUUUAAUGCGUUUUAACAAGUUUUGUCUCACUAAAUUAGAAAUGGUAAAAUACAUAAUUAUACGCAGGGCACCAGUUAUUUCAGAAAAAAAGUAAACUAUCCUAUGUGAACAUAGUUUGUGAAAUGCAAACAUCAGAUAAUUCAGUAGUUGCAUAAGACCUCAACAUAAUGUUAGUUGUGUGCAGUGCCCCAGACUGAGGGAAGCAAAAUGUACCACUUGAAGACUUUCUGGGACUAUAAAUGGACUGAGGACAAACCAAAGAGGGACUCCAUUCUCAUGAACUGAUAAGUGAAUAGCUCACAUUUUUCUUUGGGAUAUUCCUAAAUAUCCGCGUUGAAGACAAUCAGUUUGGAAAGCUGAUUAUGUCUUUGUGUAUAACAUCUCAUGAAGAACUGCAGCAAAAAUGCCCUAAUUCAGUUCAGUGAGAGGGCGUCCAAACAAGCAGGAUUCAGGUUUCUGUAUGUAUAGAUGAUAGGAAUGAGACUUCUGACCCCUCUGCAACAUGCACACAGUAACCCUGCAUUCUUGUAUUUGGGGUAAAAUCAGUGUCAUCCUCUGCUUGCUGAGCACACAGCAGCAUGAGGAAACCCCGUCCAUACCAAUUUUGACUGAAAUAGAAGUAAAAUUCAUCAUU